GCGGCGGCGGCUCCGAGCCCUGCGCAAUGUGCGGCGAGGGGACGCGUCCCACCACUGCCGGGCGCUGAGCGGCGCCGGAAGGAGCCGACCCCCGGGAUGGAGCGCGCAGGCUCCGAGCCCCGGACCGUGCCCUGCCAGCCUCGUCCGAGCCCCCCGAGCGCCUGAAGUUUCAGUCCUCGAGCAGCCAGUGGCGAUCGGGCGGCCCGAGUGGACCCCGGAGCGGCCUCUGUGCGGGUGGAGAGACGCGGCGGUAGCCAGGACCCGAGCAGGCGGCCCGCAGGGCCAAGCCGGCGGCGAGCAGAGCCCGAGGCGCGGCAGCCGCUCCACCGGCUCUACGGAGUCAUGAGGUCUCCCAGUAUCCCUUACCGUGCCUUGCUGUGGCUUGUCGUGCUGGUGUCUGGAUCCUGGGGCCAGGUGAACCGGCUGCCUUUCUUCACUAAUCACUUCUUUGACACGUACCUGCUGAUCAGUGAGGACACGCCUGUGGGUUCUUCUGUGACCCAGUUGCUGGCCCGAGACAUGGACAAUGAUCCCCUGGUGUUUGGCGUGUCUGGAGAGGAGGCCUCCCGCUUCUUUGCAGUAGAGCCUGACACUGGCGUGGUGUGGCUCCGGCAGCCACUGGACAGGGAGACUAAGUCGGAGUUCACAGUGGAGUUCUCAGUCAGCGACCACCAGGGGGUGAUCACAAGGAAGGUGAACAUCCAGGUUGGGGAUGUGAAUGAUAAUGCACCCACGUUUCACAACCAGCCCUACAGCGUGCGCAUCCCUGAGAAUACACCAGUGGGAACACCCAUCUUCAUUGUCAACGCCACAGAUCCAGACCUGGGAGCAGGCGGCAGCGUCCUCUAUUCCUUCCAGCCCCCCUCUCAGUUCUUUGCCAUCGACAGUGCCCGUGGCAUUGUCUCUGUGAUCCGGGAGCUGGACUACGAGACCACACAGGCCUACCAGCUCACGGUAAAUGCCACGGAUCAAGACAAGACCAGGCCUCUGUCCACGCUGGCCAACCUAGCCAUCAUCAUCACGGAUGUGCAGGACAUGGACCCUAUCUUCAUCAACUUGCCCUACAGCACCAACAUCUAUGAGCACUCUCCUCCGGGUACCACUGUCCGUGUGAUCACUGCAGUGGACCAGGAUAAAGGGCGACCCCGGGGGAUUGGUUACACCAUCGUUUCAGGGAAUACCAACAGCAUUUUUGCCCUGGACUACAUCAGCGGAGCACUCACCCUGAACGGCCUGCUGGACCGAGAGAAUCCCCUGUACAGCCACGGCUUCAUCCUGACGGUGAAGGGCACUGAGUUGAACGAUGACCGAACCCCAUCCGAUGCCACAGUCACCACUACCUUCAACAUCCUGGUUAUCGAUAUCAAUGAUAAUGCCCCAGAAUUCAACAGCUCUGAGUACAGUGUGGCCAUCACUGAGCUGGCACAGGUUGGCUUUGCCCUCCCUCUCUUCAUCCAGGUGGUGGACAAGGAUGAGAACUUGGGUCUGAACAGCAUGUUCGAGGUGUACCUGGUAGGCAACAACUCCCACCAUUUCAUCAUCUCUCCGACGUCUGUCCAAGGGAAAGCGGAUAUCCGCAUACGAGUGGCAAUCCCCCUGGAUUACGAGACCGUGGACCGCUAUGACUUUGAUCUCUUUGCCAAUGAGAGUGUUCCUGACCACGUGGGCUACGCCAAAGUGAAGAUCACCCUCAUCAAUGAAAAUGACAACCGGCCCAUCUUCAGCCAGCCACUGUACAAUGUCAGCUUGUAUGAGAAUGUCACCGUGGGGACCUCUGUGCUGACAGUCCUGGCCACAGACAAUGACGUGGGCACCUUUGGGGAAGUCAGCUACUUCUUCAGUGACGACCCUGACAGGUUCUCACUGGACAAGGACACAGGGCUGAUUAUGCUGAUUGCCCGACUGGACUAUGAGCUCAUCCAACGUUUCACCUUGACCAUCAUUGCCCGGGAUGGAGGUGGUGAGGAGACCACAGGCCGGGUCCGGAUCAAUGUGCUAGAUGUCAAUGACAAUGUGCCCACCUUCCAGAAGGAUGCCUAUGUGGGUGCUCUAAGGGAGAACGAACCCUCUGUCACACAGCUGGUGCGGCUCCGGGCAACAGAUGAAGACUCCCCUCCCAACAACCAGAUCACCUACAGCAUCGUCAAUGCCUCUGCCUUCGGCAGCUACUUUGACAUCAGCGUGUACGAAGGCUAUGGAGUGAUCAGUGUGAGCCGUCCCCUGGAUUAUGAACAGAUCCCCAAUGGGCUGAUAUACCUGACAGUCAUGGCCAAGGACAAUGGCAACCCCCCUCUGUACAGCACUGUCCCCGUGACCAUCGAGGUGUUUGAUGAGAAUGACAACCCUCCUACCUUCAGCAGUCCUGCCUACUUCGUCUCUGUGGUGGAGAACAUCAUGGCAGGAGCCACAGUGCUGUUCCUAAAUGCCACAGACCUGGACCGUUCACGGGAGUAUGGCCAGGAGUCCAUUAUCUAUUCACUGGAGGGGUCCUCGCAGUUCCGCAUCAAUGCCCGCUCUGGAGAAAUCACCACCACAUCUCUGCUCGACCGAGAGACCAAGUCCGAAUACAUCCUCAUCGUGCGUGCCGUGGAUGGGGGUGUGGGCCACAACCAGAAAACUGGCAUUGCCACAGUGAAUGUCACCCUCCUGGACAUCAAUGACAACCAUCCUACCUGGAAGGACGCCCCCUACUACAUCAACCUGGUGGAGAUGACACCUCCAGACUCUGAUGUGACCACGGUGGUGGCUAUAGACCCAGACCUGGGAGAGAACGGCACCCUGGUUUACAGCAUCCAUCCCCACAAUAAGUUCUACAGUCUGAACAGCACCACGGGCAAGAUCCGUACCACCCAUGCCAUGCUGGACCGUGAGAACCCUGACCCUGUGGAAGCGGAACUCAUGCGCAAGAUCAUCAUCUCUGUCACCGACUGUGGCAGACCCCCUCUGAAGGCCACCAGCAGUGCCACAGUCUUUGUGAACCUCUUAGACCUCAAUGACAAUGACCCCACUUUUCAGAACCUGCCUUUUGUGGCUGAGGUGCUUGAAGGCACCCCUGCAGGGGUCUCCGUGUACCAAGUGAUGGCUGUUGAUGUAGACGAGGGCCUGAAUGGGCUGGUAUCCUAUCGCAUGCAGGUGGGCAUGCCCCGCAUGGACUUUAUCAUCAACAGCAGCAGUGGUGUGGUGACUGCCAUGGCUGAACUGGACCGCGAGCGCAUUGCUGAGUACCAGCUUCGGGUAGUAGCCAGCGAUGCAGGCACACCCACCAAGAGCUCCACCAGCACACUCACCAUCCGUGUACUGGAUGUGAACGAUGAGAUGCCUACCUUCUUCCCCGCUGUGUACAACGUGUCCGUAUCAGAAGAUGUUCCCCGAGAGUUCCGAGUGGUCUGGCUGAACUGCACAGACAAUGAUGUGGGCCUCAAUGCAGAGCUUAGCUACUUUAUCACAGGAGGAAAUGUGGAUGGGAAAUUCAGUGUGGGCUACCGUGAUGCUGUGGUAAGGACCGUGGUAGGCCUGGACCGUGAGACCACAGCUGCGUACACACUUGUCCUGGAGGCCAUUGACAAUGGUCCUGUAGGCAAGCGGCACACAGGUACCGCCACGGUGUUUGUCACUGUCCUGGAUGUGAACGACAACAGACCCAUUUUUCUACAAAGCAGCUAUGAAGCCAGCAUCCCAGAAGACGUCCCUGAGGGCCACAGCAUCGUGCAGCUGAAAGCCACAGAUGCAGAUGAGGGCGAAUUUGGACGUGUCUGGUAUCGUAUCCUCCAUGGUAAUCACGGCAACAACUUCCGGAUCCAUGUCAGCAAUGGGCUCCUGAUGCGAGGCCCCCAGCCCCUGGACAGGGAGUGGAACUCCUCCCACGUGCUAAUGGUGGAGGCCUACAACCAUGAUCUGGGCCCCAUGAGGAGCUCUGUCAGGGUGAUUGUGUACGUGGAAGAUGUCAACGAUGAGGCCCCUGUGUUCACACAGCAGCAGUACAACCGCCUGGGCCUUCGAGAGACAGCAGGCAUCGGCACCUCAGUCAUCGUCGUCAGAGCCACAGACAGAGACACUGGGGAUGGUGGACUGGUCAACUACCGCAUCCUGUCAGGUGCGGAGGGCAAGUUCGAGAUUGAUGAGAGCACAGGGCUCAUCGUCACGGUGGACUACCUGGAUUAUGAGACCAAAACCAGUUACCUGAUGAACGUGUCUGCCACAGACCAUGCACCCCCCUUCAAUCGGGGCUUCUGCAGCGUCUAUGUGACACUGCUCAAUGAGCUGGAUGAGGCAGUGCAGUUCUCGAACACCUCCUACGAAGCAGUCAUCAUGGAGAACCUGGCACUGGGCACAGAGAUUGUGCGGGUACAGGCCUACUCCAUAGACAACCUCAACCAGAUCACCUACCGCUUCGAUGCCCAUACCAGCGCCCAGGCCAAAGCCCUCUUCAAGAUAGAUGCCGCUACGGGUGUCAUCACAGUCAAGGGCUUGGUGGACCGAGAGAAGGGAGACUUCUACAUACUGACAGUGGUGGCAGAUGACGGGGGCCCCAAGGUGGACUCAACUGUGGUCUACAUCACCGUGCUGGAUGAGAAUGACAAUAGCCCACAGUUUGACUUCACCUCUGACUCGGCCAUCAGUGUGCCUGAGGACUGCCCUGUGGGCCAGCGAGUGGCCAUCGUCAAGGCCCGGGACCCUGAUGCUGGCAGCAGUGGGCAGGUGGUCUUCUCCCUGGCCUCUGGUAACAUUGGUGGGGCAUUCGAGAUCAUCACCAGCAAUGACUCCAUCGGUGAAGUGUUUGUGGCUAGGCCCCUGGACAGGGAGGAGUUGGACCACUAUAUCCUCCAGGUUGUGGCUUCCGACCAUGGCACCCCUCCACAGAAGAAAGACCACAUCCUGCAAGUGACCAUCUUGGACGUCAAUGACAACCACCCAGUGAUCGAGAGCCCUUUUGGGUACAACGUCAGUGUGAAUGAGAAUGUGGGCGGGGGCACUGCUGUGGUCCAAGUGAGAGCCACCGACCGUGACAUCGGGAUCAACAGUGUCCUGUCCUAUUAUAUCACCGAGGGUAAUGAGGACAGGACCUUCCGUAUGGAUCGCAUCAGUGGCGAGAUUGCCACACGACCUGCCCCACCUGACCGAGAACGCCAGAGCUUCUACCAUCUGGUGGUCACCGUGGAGGAUGAGGGCACCCCCACGUUAUCGGCGACCACCCAUGUGUAUGUGACCAUCGUGGAUGAGAAUGAUAAUGCUCCGGUGUUCCAGCAGCCACAUUAUGAGGUGGUGCUGGAUGAAGGCCCAGACACAGUCAAUGCCAGCCUCAUCACCAUCCAAGCACUGGACCUAGAUGAGGGGCCCAACGGCACCGUCUCCUAUGCCAUUGUGGCAGGCAACAUCAUCAACACCUUCCGGAUCAACAGGCACACGGGCGUCAUCUCUGCUGUCAAAGACCUGGACUAUGAGAUCAGUCAUGGCCACUAUACCCUCAUCGUCACUGCCGCAGACCAGUGCCCUAUCUUGUCCCACCGCCUCACCUCUACUACCACGGUGCUCGUGAAUGUGAAUGACAUCAACGACAACGUGCCCACCUUCCCUCGGGACUAUGAAGGACCAUUUGAUGUCACCGAGGGCCAGCCGGGGCCCAGAGUGUGGACCUUCCUGGCCCACGACCGGGACUCGGGCCCCAACGGACAGGUGGAAUACAGCAUCGUGGGUGGAGACCCAUUGGGAGAGUUUGUGAUCUCUCCUGUAGAGGGUGUGCUGCGAGUCCGAAAGGACAUAGAGCUGGACCGGGAAACCAUCGCCUUCUACAAUCUGACCAUCUGUGCUCGGGACAGGGGGUUGCCCCCACUCAGCUCCACGAUGCUUGUGGGGAUCCGAGUGCUGGACAUCAACGACAAUGAUCCUGUGCUGUUGAACCUACCCAUGAAUAUCACCAUCAAUGAGAACAGCCCUGUCUCCAGCUUCGUUGCCCACAUCCUGGCUAAUGAUGCUGAUAGUGGCUGCAACGCACUUCUUACCUUCAACAUCACAGCAGGCAACAGAGAGCGGGCCUUCUUCAUCAACGCCACGACAGGGAUCGUCACCGUGAACCGGCCCCUGGACCGUGAGCAGAUCCCAGAGUACAAGUUGACCGUGUCUGUGAAGGACAACCCAGAGAACCCACGCAUAGCCAGAAGGGAUUUUGGCUUGCUGCUGGUGUCCCUCUCGGAUGAGAAUGACAAUCACCCACUCUUCACUGAGGGCACAUACCAGGCAGAGGUGAUGGAGAACUCUCCUGCUGGGACACCCCUCACGGUGCUGAAUGGGCCAAUCCUGGCCCUGGAUGCUGACGAGGAUGUGUACGCCAUAGUCACCUACCAGCUGCUGGGUGCCCACAGUGACCUCUUUGAUAUCCACAACAGCACAGGUGUGGUAACUGUGAGGUCAGGUGUCAUCAUUGACCGGGAGGCCUUCUCACCCCCCAUCCUGGAGUUGCUGCUGCUGGCUGAGGACAUCGGGCUGCUCAAUGGCACAGCCUACCUGCUCGUCACCAUCCUGGAUGACAAUGACAACUGGCCGACCUUCAGUCCUGCUGCUGUGACUGUCCACCUGCUGGAGAACUGUCCACCAGGAUUCUCAGUCCUUCAGGUCACAGCCACAGACAAGGACAGUGGCUUCAAUGGGGAACUGGUCUACCGAAUAGAAGCCGGGGCUCAGGACCGCUUCCUCAUCCAUCCCGUCACUGGAGUCAUCCGUGUGGGCAAUGCCACCAUCGACAGGGAAGAGCAGGACUCCUACAGGCUGACAGUGGUGGCCGCUGACCGGGGCACCAUGCCCCUGUCAGGCACAGCCAUCGUCACCAUCCUGAUUGAUGACAUUAAUGACUCUCACCCUGAAUUCCUCAAGCCCAUUCAGACAGUGAGUGUGCUGGAGUCUGCUGAGCCCGGCACUGUCAUUGCCAACAUCACUGCCAUCGACCUUGACCUCAAUCCAAAGUUGGAGUACCACAUCAUCGGCAUUGUGGCCAAGGAUGACACUGACCGCCUGGUACCUGACCAGGAAGAUGCCUUUGCUGUGAAUAUCAAUACAGGGUCUGUGAUGGUGAAGUCCCCCCUGAACAGGGAGCUGGUUGCCACAUAUGAGGUCACUCUCUCAGUGAUUGACAAUGCCAGCGACCUACCAGAGCGUUCUGUCAGUGUGCCAAAUGCCAAGCUCACGGUCAACAUCCUGGAUGUCAACGACAACACGCCGCAGUUCAAGCCCUUUGGGAUCACCUACUACACAGAGCGGAUCCUGGAGGGGGCCACCCCUGGUACCACGCUCAUUGCCGUCGCAGCUGUUGACUCUGACAAAGGUCUCAAUGGACUAAUCACCUACACUCUGCUGGACCUCACACCCCCAGGCUACGUCCAGCUGGAAGACUCUUCAGCAGGGAAGGUCAUUGCCAACCGGACAGUGGACUAUGAAGAAGUGCACUGGCUCAACUUCACAGUGAGGGCCUCAGACAAUGGGUCUCCACCCCGGGCAGCUGAGAUCCCUGUCUACCUGGAGAUUGUGGACAUCAAUGAUAACAACCCCAUCUUUGACCAGCCUUCCUACCAGGAGGCCGUCUUUGAGGAUGUGCCUGUGGGCACGAUCAUCCUGAGGGUCACUGCUACUGACACUGACUCAGGCAACUUUGCCCUCAUCGAAUAUAGUCUUGGGGAUGGGGAGGGCAAGUUCACCAUCAACCCUACCACGGGUGACAUCUAUAUACUGUCCUCACUGGACCGGGAGAAGAAAGACCACUAUAUCCUGACUGCCUUAGCCAAAGACAACCCUGGGGAUGUGGCCAGCAACCGUCGAGAAAACUCUGUACAGGUGGUAAUCCAAGUACUUGAUGUCAAUGACUGCCGGCCGCAGUUCUCCAAGCCACAGUUCAGCACCAGUGUGUACGAGAAUGAACCAGCAGGCACCUCAGUCAUCACCAUGCUGGCCACUGACCAGGAUGAGGGCUCCAAUGGACAGCUGACCUAUUCACUCGAGGGCCCCGGAAUGGAGGCCUUCCACGUGGACAUGGACUCAGGCCUGGUGACCACACAGCGGCCACUGCAGUCCUAUGAGAGGUUCAACCUGACUGUGGUGGCCACGGAUGGUGGUGAGCCCCCACUCUGGGGCACCACCAUGCUCCUGGUAGAAGUCAUUGAUGUCAAUGACAACCGCCCCAUCUUUGUGCGCCCACCCAACGGCACCAUCCUGCACAUCAGAGAGGAGAUCCCGUUGCACUCCAAUGUGUAUGAGGUCUACGCCACUGACAAGGAUGAAGGCCUCAACGGGGCUGUGCGCUACAGCUUCCUGAAGACAGCAGGCAACCGUGACUGGGAGUGCUUCACCAUUGACCCAGUCAGUGGCCUCAUCCAGACUGCUCAGCGCCUGGACCGUGAGAAGCAGGCAGUAUACAGUCUCAUCUUGGUGGCCAGUGACCUGGGUCAGCCAGUGCCAUAUGAGACCAUGCAGCCAUUGCAGGUGGCCCUGGAAGACAUUGAUGACAACGAACCCCUCUUCGUGAGGCCUCCUAAGGGAAGCCCCCAGUACCAGCUGCUGACGGUGCCUGAGCACUCACCUCGUGGCACCCUCGUGGGCAACGUGACGGGUGCUAUGGAUGCAGAUGAGGGUCCCAACGCCAUUGUGUACUACUUUAUCACAGCCGGCAAUGAGGAGAAGAGCUUCCACCUGCAACCAGAUGGACGCCUGCUGGUGCUCCAAGACCUGGAUCGGGAGCGGGAAGCUGUCUUCUCCUUCAUCGUCAAGGCAUCCAGCAAUCGCAGCUGGACACUUCCCCGAGGACCCUCUCCAGCCCUCGACCUGCUGGCUGACCUCACCCUGCAGGAGGUGCGCGUCGUGUUAGAGGACAUAAAUGACCAGCCACCGCGCUUCACCAAAGCUGAGUACACCGCAGGGGUGGCCACUGACGCCAAGGUGGGGUCGGAGCUGAUCCAGGUGCUGGCCUUGGAUGCAGACAUUGGCAACAACAGUCUGGUCUUCUAUAGCAUUCUGGCCAUCCACUACUUCCGGGCUCUUGCCAAUGACUCUGAGGAUAUAGGCCAGGUCUUCACCAUGGGGAGCGUGGAUGGCAUCCUACGUACCUUCGACCUUUUCAUGGCCUAUAGCCCUGGCUAUUUUGUGGUGGACAUUGUGGCCCGAGAUCUGGCAGGCCACAAUGACACAGCCAUCAUUGGCAUCUACAUCCUGAGGGAUGACCAGCGCGUGAAGAUUGUCAUCAAUGAGAUCCCAGACCGUGUGCGAGGCUUUGAGGAAGAGUUCAUCCGCCUGCUCUCCAACAUCACUGGCGCCACUGUCAACACUGAUGACGUGCAGUUCCAUGUUGACAAGAAGGGACGGGUAAACUUUGCACAGACUGAACUGCUCAUCCAUGUGGUGAACCGGGACACCAACCGCAUCCUGGAUGUGGACCGAGUCAUCCAGAUGAUUGACGAGAACAAGGAACAGCUUCGAAAUCUUUUCCGGAACUAUAAUGUCCUGGACGUGCAGCCCGCCAUCUCUGUCCAGCUGCCAGAUGAUAUGUCUGCCCUGCAGAUGGCGAUCAUCAUCCUGGCCAUCCUCCUCUUCUUGGCCGCCAUGCUUUUUGUCCUGAUGAACUGGUACUACAGGACUAUACACAAGAGAAAGCUCAAGGCCAUUGUGGCUGGUUCUGCAGGGAACUGUGGCUUCAUUGACAUCAUGGACAUGCCCAACACCAACAAGUAUUCCUUUGAUGGAGCCAACCCUGUGUGGCUGGACCCCUUCUGCCGGAACUUGGAGCUGGCAGCACAGGCUGAGCACGAGGAUGACUUGCCUGAGAACCUGAGUGAUAUUGCUGACCUGUGGAACAGCCCCACUCGUACCCACGGAACUUUUGGGCGUGAGCCAGCGGCAGUCAAGCCUGAUGAUGACCGAUAUCUGCGGGCAGCCAUCCAGGAAUAUGACAACAUUGCCAAGCUGGGCCAGAUCAUUCGAGAGGGGCCUAUCAAGGGCUCGCUGCUCAAGGUGGUCCUGGAGGAUUACCUACGGCUCAAAAAACUCUUUGCACAGCGGAUGGUGCAAAAUGCCUCCUCCAGCCACUCCUCCGUCUCCGAGCUGAUCCAGACAGACCUAGAGGAGGAGCCUGGAGACCACAGCCCAAGCACUGGCAGCCUGCGCUUCCACCACAAGCCACCCAUGGAGCUCAAGGGGCCAGAUGGAAUCCAUGUGGUUCAUGGCAGCACCGGCACACUGCUGGCCACUGACCUCAACAGCCUGCCAGAGGAUGACCAGAAGGGGCUGGGCCACUCACUGGAGACACUGACAGCCAGUGAGGCCACUGCCUUUGAGCGCAACGCACGCACAGAGUCAGCCAAGUCCACCCCUCUGCACAAGCUUCGGGACGUGAUCAUGGAGAGUCCCCUAGAGAUUACAGAGCUGUGACAAUGGGCCUCGCUGCUGAGCAGCCCAUCCUGCCACCCUCCAGGACAGGAACAUGGCCAACACUGCCCAGGCCACCUGUGUGGAUAACCUGGUGCUGGCCCUGGAAGCCACAAGCUGAGUGGAUUCUCCUGCCAGACACGUUCCACAUCUGAUCUCUACCUUCAUAAAAUUUGUUAUUUUUUUAAGAAAACUAAAAAAAGAUUCUGUGUCUGAGGUCAGGGUAAGGAGGUGUCAGAGCCCAGAAGUUUGAGGACUAGCUCAGCCCUCCAUCCUCUAUGCCCCACGGAGCAGGGACCUUACACUGGGAGACAAGGCUCAGAGCCACCCCCCCAACUGGCCUACCACUGCAGUUCAAGUCCCCCUGCAUUUCUGGCACCUACCUGCUGGACAUCCAGGAAGCAGUGAGUGCCACCAGCCCUCCACACACACAAGAUCAGUGUCGACAACUGAGUGUUUGCUCCCACUCCCUGCCUUCCUGACAUGCCCAGUUGAGACAGACUAAUUCCUCUGGCUUUGAAUGUGUUUGUGUGUAUACCUUUUCUAAAUUAAGUUAUUCAUUCCCUCAAGAUUUGCCCCCAGGUUUUGUUUUAACUAAUACUGAACGUGUAUGGAAUGCUGUUUUAAAAGCAACGCAAAUGGAACCAGCAAUACACUGGCUCUGGCAACAUGUGACAUAGUGUGUCCUGGGG